AUGGCUUCAUUUAUUUAUGGAGUUAAUGAUAUAGUGGAUAGAAGAGAAUUCUGGGAGGAUAUUAAUUGUCAUGCAGAAGAAUUUUCUUCUUUCCCUUGGAUUGUCCUUGGGGAUUUCAAUGCCACUCGCAUUUUAAAUGAAAAGUAUGGAGGGUCAAUGUGGAAUACUGUAAUCUAUGACUUCAGAGAAUGCCUUUAUGAAGCUGGCAUUUACUAUCUUAGAUAUAGUGGAAUUAUGUUCACUUGGAAUAAUAAGAGCCAUGGUGCAGCUAACAUCCCCAAGAAAUUAGACAGAGCUCUUUGUAAUGACAAAUGGACUCUAUGCUUCCCUAAUUCAGAAUGCAUAUUUCUGUCUCCAAGAGGGGGAGGGGGUGAAUUGGUCUAUAUCAAUUUUAAUUAA